AUGAUAUUAUCACCUCAGAGUAAAACUCAAUUAAAAGACCCGACAAUUACGUUUGAUUUACAAAUAAAAAAUCGAAGUAGUCUAUAUCCAAUCUCUUCAUAUUAUCGUCAUGCAACAUCGGUUCGAAAUUCAUCGCAUCCUUUUAUCAGUGGUGAUACAAUCCGGGCGUUUGCUGACUAUAUAUACGACGAGACACGGCAAGAUGAUCUCAAAUCGGUCAAAUAUGGCGAUAUUAUCUUUGUCAAAGGUGAUCAAUUAUCUGUAUUUUUUGAUCAAACGUUCUCUUCUAUUCCUCAACCAUUUGUAUUAAUUUCGCAUAACAGUGAUGUUUCAGUACCAUUAGAACAUCAACGGUAUUUAUCCAAUUCUAAGAUAUUAAUGUGGUACGCGUCUAAUCCAAGCCAUAAAAACCUUGAAAAACUAGUUCCAAUUCCCAUUGGUUUAGCAAAUACACGGUGGAAACAGGGAAAUUUAGAUAUUAUCACCUAUGCUUUGAAAAAUCAUCGAAAAUCUUGGUCACAACGAACAAGCCUAUUAUAUGUCAACUUCUCUCCCAAUAACAACCGGGCUCAUCGUGAUAAAGCAUUUCAUCAAGCGACUAUGAUUCCGCAAGCACAAAUCAUCAAAGAUCGAAUUUCAUUUCAGACAUAUUUAGAACAUAUAGGCAAUACGAAGUUCGUUUUAUCUCCGCCAGGAAAUGGACUUGAUUGCCAUCGGACAUGGGAAUCACUCUUGAUGGGCGCUGUACCAAUUGUUCUAACAUCGGAAUUAGAUCCAUUGUUCACUAAAACGAGAUCUGUUAUUAUUAAUAAUUGGUCUGAUGUAACCAAUAAGUUUUUAUUAUCAUUAAACUUUUCGUCGAACGAUCAUCUCUUACCGGACGUUCUCUACGCAGAGUACUGGCGUCAAAGAUUCUUGAUACACCGAACAAACUUGUCAAAAACUUGA